AAACAUGGCGGACGACGUGGACCAGCAACAAACUACCAACACUGUAGAAGAGCCCCUGGAUCUCAUCAGGCUCAGCCUGGAUGAGCGAAUUUAUGUGAAAAUGAGAAAUGACAGAGAGCUUCGAGGCAGAUUACAUUCAACAAAACGGAAUAUUCCAAUGCUUUUUGUCCGGGGAGAUGGUGUUGUACUAGUUGCCCCUCCUUUAAGAGUUGGCUGAAACAAAGAAUUUAUCAUGUAUGGAAUAUAGGAGCUUUUGUAUGAUUGCCUCUUUAAAUGUAGAAGACAUUCAAAAGAGAAACCUGCGUAAAUUUUGAUAUUAAGAAAUGACCAAGGAUUCUUCCACUCCUGAAACGAGUUGAUUUGCGGAUAACUAAAAACUUCUUAAGCUAAAGGGCAUUUUAAUUUUUUUCCAACCCUUUCA